AUGUUUGAGGCGAAGAAAGAGGCCAUCUUUCGCAAUAUUUCCAUCGCCGUCUACGGCGUCACCAUGACGGCUGGCGUCAUUGCGCUGACGGUGCUCAACAUCACGGGCUCGACCUACGAGCUGCUCUACGGCUGCAUCGGCAUCUCCCUUAUCCUGUGCGUGACCGGCUUCCUUUGCAUCCCCAUGACGAUCAUGAAGGCCAACUUCUUCGGGUGGUUCCAGCAGGUGUCAUACAUCCUCAUCUCAGGCGGGACGGACAACUUCUACAUGUCGGACGCCGCGUGCCUGCCGGACGGGCCGCACUUCACGCAGACCUUCUAUAACACGGUGGGCAGCGUCAUUGGCAACGCGGCUGGCCUCAUUGGUGUGUACAUGUUUGCGCGCAUCUUCUCGAAGCAGAGCUACCGCGUCACGCUAGCCUGCACCAUCCUUGUCCAGGUUCUUGCGAGCGUCUUUGACAUCAUCAUGGUCGAGCGCUGGAACUUGUACAUCGGCAUCCCUGACCAUCCCAUGUAUAUCAUGGGUGAUGCUAUCGUGUACGAGGUGUUCUACAUGCUCAACUAAAUGCCGCUAAACAUGCUCAUCUCGCGCCUCUGCCCAAAGGGGUGUGAGAGCACGAUGUUCGCAAUCCUAGCGAGCUUCAGCAACAUGGGCUCCUCGACGUCGUCCACGAUUGGCGCGAUCCUGAUGGAGACGGUGUGGCCUCUCUCCUCCAGCCCGCCGUGCGACUUCAGCAACCUGCGCUGGCUGCUGAUUGUUGGCCACCUCAUCACGCCACUCAUCGCCAUUCCGGCAGUGUUUGUGCUCAUCCCCGGAACCCGCAUCUGCGAUCCGAUCGACCCGAGGGAUGUCGAGGCCCUGUCCAUCUUCGAGAAGUAA